CUUCUUCAGAGUCCACAAUACACACCAAGCAAAUGAGUGUAGGCAAGCCGUCGCCGGCACCGCCAUCGUCGACGAUGUUCUCCUUACGUGGAUCUCUCAUCACUCUCGCCUUCUUCAUCUUACUCUCCCUCGCCUACUUCUCCCUCAACUUCUCCGUCUCCUCCUCCCCUCCCCCUCCCGUCACCGCCACCGUCCGAGAUGACGCCGCUACCGGAAUUCCAAAUCCGAUUCGGGAGCCGGAUACCGAGCCGGAUGAGAAGCCUUCUUCUUCGUUGUCGUCGUCGGAGUUUUCGGACAUUUACCACUCGCCGGAGGUGUUCCGGCUGAACUACGCCGAAAUGGAGCGGAAAUUCAAGGUGUUUAUCUACCCCGACGGCGAUCCGAACACGUUUUACCAGACGCCGAGGAAGCUCACCGGAAAAUAUUCCAGCGAGGGCUAUUUCUUUCAGAAUAUUAGAGAAGGUCGGUUUCGGACUGAGGAUCCGGAUCAGGCUCACCUCUUCUUCAUCCCUAUCUCCUGCCACAAGAUGCGAGGCAAGGGUACUUCAUAUGAGAAUAUGACGAUAAUUGUUCAGAACUAUGUGGAGGGCUUGAUAGCAAAGUAUCCGUACUGGAACAGGACUUUGGGUGCAGAUCACUUCUUUGUGACUUGUCAUGAUGUUGGCGUGAGAGCAACUGAAGGACUUCCGCUUCUUGUGAAGAAUUCUAUUCGAGUUGUCUGCUCACCCAGUUAUGACGUCGGCUUCAUUCCACAUAAAGAUGUCGCUCUUCCUCAAGUACUGCAACCGUUUGCUCUUCCAGCUGGAGGGAACGAUGUGGAGAACAGGACAACUCUUGGUUUCUGGGCCGGUCAUCGGAAUUCAAAGAUUAGAGUUAUACUGGCACGAGUAUGGGAGAAUGAUACUGAACUCUAUAUCUUGAACAACAGAAUAAAUAGGGCUGAAGGGAACUUGUUAUAUCAAAAGAAAUUUUAUACCACCAAGUACUGCAUAUGCCCUGGUGGUUCCCAGGUCAAUAGCGCUCGCCCAAUGGACUCAAUCCAUUAUGGCUGUAUUCCUGUAAUACUAUCAAAUUACUAUGACUUGCCAUUCAGUGACAUUCUCGACUGGCGAAAGUUUGCUGUUGUACUUACGGAGAAGGAUGUAUAUCAGCUUAAACAAAUACUUAAGGCAAUACCCUAUUCAGAGUUUUUGACACUUCAUAAAAACUUGGUGAAGGUUCAGAAGCACUUCCAGUGGAAUUCACCACCAAUCAAAUAUGAUGCAUUCCACAUGGUGAUGUAUGAUCUUUGGUUGCGCCACCAUGUUGUCAAAUACUGAAUGUACCGAUUACACUUUCUGGCAUGCAAAGCAACGGCUUGUAAAUCAUCAGAUACAAUAGUGUCAUCCUUCGAUGACCUUUUUGAGGGAGGAAAGUAAAAGGUACAGGUAACCAAAAGAUUUUAUUAUUCAUUUGUUCUUUGUAUUAGGAAAAUUCCCUCUUUUGUAGCCUGUUAUCAUUCUCUAGUUCCUUGUUGUAAUAGAAAUACGAGACAAUUAUUCUUUUGUAGUGGAUUAGGUAUUACAAUUUUCCUCGAAAUUGCAUUUUUAACACAAUUAGGCUCAGACAAAUUGCACUUCUCAGAUGAGUUGAACAAACUCAACGACUCAUUCCUG